AUGCAGCAGGACGCGGCCGAGGGCCCCGACGCAGAGGCCGCCGGCGGCGCGCCGCCCCGGCCGAGCCCACCCGCUCCCGCCAGCGAGGCCGUGUUCCGCCUGCGGCCGCUGGGGGCGCCUUGGGCGCAGUGGCCCCCGGGGCGCCCCGUGCUCGACGCCCUCGAGGCUGAGCUGGCCCGCGCGGGUGCCGUGGGCCCGGGCCGGCUGAUCACACUGGACAGCGGCGCUGGCGGCAUCUCUGCGGACUUCGUGGUGGUGGACUCCGAGGUGGGGGCCGCUGCGCCUGCCGGUGGCGGGGCGUGCGUCCGCGUCGCCCUGGCGGACGGGGAGCCUGGCGCGCUCUGCGCGAAGUGCCACGUGCUGCCCUACGACGACGCCAAGCCGCCGAACCCGAGCCUGGUGUACGGCGAGUACCUCAAGCCAUACCUGCGGGACCGCUGCGGCCCGCUCUACGCCGGGUUCGAGUUCGCCUUCAGGGGUUGCCGCUUCCGCGUGAUGGCCACCCUGCCGCCCAGCUCCGAGCGCCACGCGCUGUUCGUGGGCCGCGACACCGAGAUCUUCGCGGAGGGCCCGCCGCUGCAGCGGGGCUUCCUCCGCUCCGCGCUGGUGCUGCCCUACUUCGGCUCCAGUGCACUGCUGGGGGGCGACGGCGCCUCCCCAGAGGCCGCCCGGACCGCCGCCGUGCUGAGGCACUUCGAGCAGCGGAGCGCUGCCGUGAGGGCCACGGAGGAGUUCGUGACGGAGCAGGGCGUGCGCUUCCGGGUCAUGUCCUGCGAGCCCAGCUCUGGCGCCAUCGCGCCGAGCACGAGACUCUCCUGCGCCGGCCCAGAGCUCAUGAGCUGCGCGGUCUGCGGCGCGCUCGCCGUGCGGAGGUGCGAGGCACCUGGCUGCGGCAGGCUGCUGUGCUCCGCGCACGCGCUGGAGGACGUGUCGGCGUACUGCGGGUACUGGACGGGGGAUUGCGGCACGCUGUUCGCCGCCGGGGGCAUUCUGGAAGGCAAGUGCGACUCCACCUGCAACGUCACCAACGCCACUGCCUGUCCACCGGACAACGAGUCGGGCUGCUACAUGGCCCCGGACUCGCAAUCCGCCACCAUAUGCGCGGCUGCAUCGUGCGAUUAUUGGGACAAUGACGCCCGUACGGGCCAGUGCGACACCCAUUGCAGCUUUUGCACGCUCUCGCAGGAACCGCAGUGCUACAUGUGCGACACCUUCUUGCCGACGGACUGCCCGUAUCCUAACUCGGAUAUCGGUACAUAUUGCUACUCCACCUGCGGCAUUGACAACUGCGUGAAGACAUCGACGUCGACGAACACCUCGUUGACGCUGUCCUCGACGUCCACGGCGUCCACGACAACGUCCGUCUCGACGACGUCCGCAACGACGAGGUCCGAGACGAGCUGGACGCCCUCGACGACCGCGACGCCCUGCGUGGACUGGGUGCCCGAGGCCUUCGGCUACGCGGGCGUGAGCCAGUGGACCGACGCGGUCGGGCAGCCCUGCGACUUCUACGUCGAAAGGGACUGCUUCGAAGGCAACGCGAACGACUGGGCGAACCAGUGGGCAAACUACGGCAAGACAGCCAGCACGGCGUGCUGCAGCUGUGGUGGUGGCAUGAACGGAUAUUCGACUACGACUGCGACCUCGUUCACCUCCGCCACCACCACUUCGUCGUACUGCGCGAAUGUCAGGCCCGACGGAGAAGCGAAGUGGUACAUGGACGGGGACCCCGACUUAGACUGCAGCUUCGCCGCCUUCUACUGCGACGAGUACGAGGACACCAGCGCCUUCGGCCACGUGCCCAGCGAGGCGUGCUGCUGGUGCGGCGGCGGCAUAGGUCUCACCACCACCCGGACGUCGAGCACCGGGACGUCCACAAGCACUGGGACGUCCACCCUGACCACUCCAACGAGCACCGGGACGUCGACAAGCAGCGGGACGUCGAGAAGCACUGUGACGUCAACAGGCACUGGGACGUCAACGAGCACCGGAACGUCCACAAGCACGGGGACGUCCAGAUCGACAUUGAGCUUGUCGAGCAUAACCGUGUCGAUGACGUCUGGCACCACUCUGAGCGUGUCGGGGACGUCGGGCACCACCCUGAGCGUGUCGAGGACGACGACGAGCGGAACCUCCUCGACUGGCACGUUGACGUCGACAUCUGCUUCCUCUUUGUCCUCUUCUGCGACAUCGAGCACGACCACAUCUUCGGCCACGCGCUGCGAGGAUUACCCCCCCAUCCUCGACAACUACACCGGCGUCUCCGAGUGGCACGACAGUGCAGGGCCUCAGUGGAACUGCGAGACAUACGCCGAAUACGACCUGUGCGACUCCUCGGGGGACAGGUACGAGAACUACGGCAGGCCUCUGGCCCCUGCGGGGCUCCUGGGGGGCGCCCUCGUGACCGCCGCUGUGGUUGGAUCGGACUUCCGGCCCGGGGCGCGCCUCCGGAAAGGCCUGCCGCUGGCCGACGGGAGCACCGUGGCGUCCGGCAGCGCCGCGGAGUGCUGGAGCGCGGAGGCCGAGGGGGCCGAGGGGCCCGGGCUGGGCGAGUACGCGGCCGGCAUGUGCAUCAAGAACACCUUCCUCGAGAUCCCCUCGGAGGCGUCGCUGGAGCACUCCGCCGCCCGCCGGCGGGCGGCCUCGGCCCCCUGCCGCUGCGAGGGCGUCGCCGCCGAGUCCGCCGGCGCCGAGCGGCCGAGGGCCGCGGGCGCUCGGGGCCCUCCGCGGGAGGUGCAGCAGGGCCCUCCGCGGGAGGUGCAGCAGGCGGCCGCCGAGGGCAGCACCGCCCCGAGCCUGGGGCUCGCCGCGGUGCUCCCAGCGGAGGCAUCGCCGCCGCCGCCGCAGCGGCCGCCCGCGCCGCCCCAGCAGCCGUCCGGCGCCCCGCUCGGCCUGCUGCCGCAGGCUCUCGGCCGGGACGACGCGGCGGGCCAGGGCGGGCAGGCCCCGCCCGCCGUGCUGCGUCUGGCGGACAUGCUGGGCGGCCCCGAGCUGGGAGGCCCCGACCUGCCAACGGCCGGAUCCGCAGCUCACCGCUCUGGCGGCUGCAAGCCCUGUGCCUUCGCGUGGAAGGAGCCGGGCUGCGGGAACGGCAGGUCCUGCCCCUUUUGCCACCUGUGCGGCGCCGGGGAGGGGAAGCGGCGGAAGAAGGAACUGAAAGCAGUGAGGCGGACAGCGUUGCAGCAGGGCUCGGUCCAUGGUUCUCCGACGUCGUCAAACGCGUCGGCCUCCCCGGUGGCGCUGUCCUGCGUGCUGGGCCUCGUGGGCUCGUCGCUCAGUGAGUGCACGCCCAUUAAUUCGCUGGGCGAGUGCACGCCCCAGAAUUCGUUGGCAAACCUGGCAUUUUUCGGUCGUUUCGGCGGCUGCUGA